AUGCCCGAGGGCUGGUCCAACGGGGGCACGCCAAACACCUCGCAACCCUCACGCAGCACGCGCCGGACCGAAGCCCGUCAACCCGCUCAGCAGCAACCUGCUCCCGUCAUCGACCUCACCGAAGAACCCGACUCUCCCGUGCAGGCACGCCGCUCCAUCUCGCACAGCCAUGGCGGCAGGAAUCCGCGCAGGACCAACUCGCAGCGAGUGUCGCCGCCUCGCCUCGCACGCAGCGACAGCACCUUUUUGCCGGCCGCAUCCAGCUUCAUCGACCUCACCGCCGACUCUCCCGAGGACGACCCGUCGCUCGACCCAGCGCGCAGACGGAACGGACGAAUCCCCGGCGACGACCUCUACGAGAACCCCGACCAUCCCUCCUACGACCCAUCACACCCGCUGCGCAGACGACUCGGCGGUCGCCUGCGCCCGCGCCCGGAUGAACUGAUCGAGCUCGAGUUCAUCAGCUCUGUGCCCCGACGCGCAGCUGCACUCCCCACCUUUGCCAUCGGACUGACCAGAAGACUGGCCGGUAUCCUGGGCUCGGACAUCAUCGGCGGUGCCUUUUCCCAGCCGCAACUCGACGUGUCGCGCAACGCCUUUGCUCCCCGAGAACCGAGCCCCAAGCCACCAAUGGAGCCGGCCCCUCCCACCCGCGAGGGCUUCACGCGCGACACCUGCGCCGACCCGGAGAAGGAAUCAGAAACCAUUGUCAUUUGCCCCGCAUGCAACGAAGAGCUAGCGUACGACCCCAACGGAGCCGUGGCGCCGAGUCCCACGAGUGGGAAAAAGAGGAAGAGAGCAGCUGGAGAGCACCACUUCUGGGCCCUCAAGAAGUGUGGCCAUGUAUAUUGCGCCGACUGCUUUGAGAACCGCAAGCCGACAAAGGCAAAUCCUGCUGGUGCGGGUUUCCGUGCUCCUGAGGGGAAGAGCCUCAACGAGAUCCGCUGUGUGGUGGACGGCUGUGAAACAAAGGUCUCGGCCAAGGGCGAGUGGGUGGGCAUUUUCCUCUGA